UCUCCGCCGACCUCGAGCCUGGUUUUGUUUCUCCGGCGCUCGCUCGCUCGCUGGCUCGUCUCCGCCUCGCCUCGCCUCGCCUCUCGAGCCAGCCACCCAGCGCCGGCGACUGGAUUGGGCAGCCCGGGCUCCUUGACGCCGCAUCGCGCCGAGAGGACUUGAGGACGUGCUUCAACAGAUGGUUGGGAGCUUGAAAAUUAAAGAAAAACAUUUGCACAAGGGCGUAACUGCAGCACUGAACAGAUAACAAUGAAUCAUUAUUGCCUUGCACUGAUGUGGACUGUACUUGGUACUGAACUGCUGAGGAGCCUCAGUACAACAGUCAAAUCCCCGAGGUUCAGAGGACGUGUGCUGCAUGAGCGAAAAAAUAUUAGACCAAACAUUAUCCUUGUACUCACAGAUGACCAAGAUGUGGAGCUUGGUUCCUUGCAAGUGAUGAAUAAAACCAGGAAGAUAAUGGAGAAUGGAGGGGCCAGCUUUGUCAAUGCCUUUGUGACGACACCAAUGUGUUGUCCAUCUCGUUCCUCAAUGCUAACAGGGAAAUAUGUUCACAACCACAACGUCUAUACUAACAAUGAGAAUUGUUCUUCCCCUUCCUGGCAAGCAACGCAUGAACCACGUACCUUUGCAGUAUAUCUCAAUAACACCGGAUAUCGGACUGCUUUUUUUGGAAAAUACCUCAAUGAAUACAAUGGCAGCUACAUACCUCCUGGUUGGCGAGAGUGGGUUGGAUUAAUAAAGAACUCACGCUUCUACAAUUACACUGUUUGUCGCAAUGGGCUCAAAGAGAAACAUGGAUUUGAAUAUGCAAAGGACUAUUUCACAGAUUUAAUAACUAAUGACAGCAUUAAUUAUUUCAAAAUGUCUAAGAGGAUGUAUCCCCAUAGACCUAUAAUGAUGGUGAUCAGCCAUGCUGCUCCUCAUGGCCCCGAAGAUUCUGCACCACAGUUCUCCGAGCUCUAUCCAAAUGCAUCUCAGCAUAUAACUCCAAGUUACAACUAUGCACCGAAUAUGGAUAAACAUUGGAUCAUGCAAUACACAGGCCCCAUGCUUCCUAUCCACAUGGAAUUUACAAAUACCUUGCAGCGCAAAAGGCUUCAAACUCUGCUAUCAGUUGAUGAUUCAAUGGAAAGGUUGUAUCACAUGCUGGUAGAGACGAGAGAACUGGAGAAUACUUACAUUAUUUACACUGCUGACCAUGGUUAUCAUAUUGGACAGUUUGGACUGGUCAAGGGAAAGUCAAUGCCAUAUGACUUUGACAUUCGUGUUCCUUUCUUUAUUCGUGGUCCGAGUAUAGAGCCGGGAUCAGUAGUAUCUCAGAUAGUGCUGAAUAUUGACCUUGCUCCAACAGUUUUGGAUAUUGCAGGACUUGAUACACCUCCAGAUAUGGAUGGCAAAUCUAUUCUAAAACUCCUGGACUUUGAAAAACCAGGAAACAGGUUUCGAACAAACAAGAAAACCAAAGUUUGGCGUGAUACAUUCUUGGUGGAAAGAGGUAAAUUUCUACGUAAGAAAGAAGAACCGAUCAAAAACACCCAGCAGUCCAACCACCUGCCAAAAUAUGAGAGAGUAAAGGAGUUGUGUCAGCAAGCAAGAUAUCAAACAGCUUGUGAGCAGCCCGGCCAGAAAUGGCAGUGCAUUGAAGACGCAUCUGGCAAACUUCGUAUUCACAAAUGUAAAGGACCCAGUGACAUUCUCACUAUCCGAAAGAGAGCACGAAGCUUACAGUCCCAGGGAUAUGGCAGCAAAGAACAUGAGUGUGACUGCAGAGAGGCUGAUUAUCAGAGCAGUCGGACCCAAAGAAAAAAUCAAAGAGGCUUUAUGAGAAACCCCAGUGUACAAAAAUACAAACCACGCUUCGUUCACACCCGGCAGACCCGUUCCCUGUCUGUGGAGUUUGAAGGAAAAAUAUAUGACAUCAAUCUGGAGGAGGAAGAGGAACUCCACAUCCUUCAACCCAGGAACAUUGUUAAGCGACAUGGAAACUACGGUGAAGAUGAGGAGCAGCCCCAGCAUUCAGAAGAUGGAGAUGGUGGUGGUAAAGCCAUGCUAGCUGAUGGAACCCGCACAGCUGGGCAGUCAGACUCUGUCCCAGUGACGCAUAAAUGUUUUAUUCUUCCAAAUGAUUCCAUUCACUGUGAGCGGGAAUUAUACCAGUCAUCCAAAGCCUGGAAAGACCACAAAGCCUACAUUGACAAAGAGAUUGAAGCUCUUCAAGAUAAAAUUAAAAAUUUAAGAGAGGUGAGAGGGCAUCUAAAAAGACGAAAACCUGAUGACUGUGACUGUAACAAAAAGAGCUAUUACAGCAAAGAAAAGGGGGUAAAAGCUCAAGAAAAGCUAAAGGCGAGUCACCUUCAUCCAUUCAAGGAAGCAGCCCAAGAAGUAGAUGGUAAACUUCAGCUCUUCAAAGAGAACCGGCGGAGAAAGAAAGAAAGGAAAGGAAAAAAGCGUCAGAAGAAAGGCGAUGAAUGCAGCCUUCCUGGACUCACUUGCUUUACGCACGAUAACAAUCACUGGCAGACUGCACCAUUCUGGAACUUGGGAUCAUAUAGUGCUUGUACAAGCUCAAACAACAACACUUACUGGUGUUUGCGAGCAAUCAAUGAAACACACAACUUCCUCUUCUGUGAAUUUGCUACAGGAUUCUUGGAAUAUUUUGACAUGAACUCUGACCCUUAUCAGCUAACAAAUACAGUACACACAGUAGAAAGAGGCAUUUUGAACCAGCUGCACAUACAGCUCAUGGAGCUACGAAGUUGCCAAGGUUAUAAGCAGUGUAAUCCAAGACCUAAGGGGACUGACACAGAGGACAGUUAUGGCAUGGAUGGGAAGGCUAAGCUGCCAAAUUUCACGGAAAAUGUCAACUGGCAAGGACUGGAAGAUUUAUACAGUGUGAAUGAAAGUUUAUACGAAGCCAGAAAAGACUACAGACUUAAUCUUGAUGACUGGGCAAAUUACUUGAAGGAUGUAGAUAGAAUCUUUGCACUGCUGAACAGUUACUCUGAGCAAAACAGAACAGCAAAGACUCCAACUGCUCAUCCCAGUGCAUACUUGGAGGGAUCAUCCACACCAUUUGCCUUGCUGGAAAUGAGCUCUGCUGAAUCCGACGAAGGUUCCAGCUGGCUGACAGCUCAAGAGGUACAGCCGAUCAUGCCAACAGAUUUGGGAUCCCUGGCUUUGAGCACAGUUGAAAUAAGCCAGGAAAGCAAACUUGAAUUAAGCAAUGACAUUCCUGCAAAAAGGAAUCCAAAUUUGCCACACUGGAGUAGUCACCAAGCAGAAAGAUGGCUGGAGACUGAAGAACCAGUUAGUAUUGAAAGGGAUUUCAGUGGGAAUGAUCUGACAGAGCUGGAAUCCAGACAUAGCUUCACCUUACAGCCUGCCAGUGUUCUUCAGAAAGAUUCUGUCCCAGAUAAAGAUGCUGUGGAAGACAUUUUUGAAGAGCAGAUCUACCUUCCUCUGAACUCAGCAACAAAAGUCAUUCAUCAAGCUUUGAAUACACUCAUUGUGGAGCAUAAAACAGAGAGGGUGUUAAGAAAAAGGGAACACUUUCCAGAAUCUUCACAGCUUCUAAGUGUAGAAGGUAGUGCCUCAUUACCACUCUCCUCAAAUUAGCUUGUCUGAGUCAGCCACACCCUGUUUCCUUCCUUAGUAAUUAGUUGACAAAUACAUGUACCCCUGGCAACUGACAUUCCAAUAUUUUUUUAAAAAAUUCUGUACCAGAAUGAAACCUGCAGUAUGUGUUCAACAUACACAUAAAUAAAUGUCAUGAUGUAGUUUCAGGACUACAAGAGUCCCAGAGUUAAAAAGAAAAAGCAGUGGAAUCAAUGUGCAGUGAUACCCCUAUUUUUCCUUGUUAUUAUAAAGGCACCUUCAAAUGAAUUUCAAGUAACCUUUUCCUCUCUGAUUCCUAUAAUGACUCACCACCACAAAUGAAUGUUUCUGUCUUUCUAAGAUCUUUGAAUAAUAAAUUUUUAUUAACAACUUUAACCACUGUUAAAUUUUACUCAUAUUGCCAGAGUAAAAUUAUAUUGCACUUUUAUAAUCUGUGUGCCAUACCCUUUAUUAAUCUGGUACUUCUACACGUUCUUAGCUUUGAUAAUGAUGUGUAAUUUGCAAAACAGUAAAUGGGUUGGUAGUGAAAGUGCUAAGUGGCAUGGAUUAGGAAAACUAAUUAGCUGAACGUUGAACAGAAGAUCAUGUUUGAUUUUUAAACCUGUAUGCUCAAAUUGGUUUAUGUUAAUUCCCCCCCCCCCAAGAAAGAUAGCACUAAUGAAAGAUUUAAUAGGAGUUAAAUUGACUUCAGAUUUCAAUGUAUGAGGAGAGGUAUAAAGUAAUUAAAGUGUUACUUUUUAUUUUUAUUAAAGGAAGUUUAAUUUUGAGUAGUUAUAGCCUUGGUGUCUUCAGAAAUUUCUCAGAUGAUUUUUAAACUAAAAAAAUAGACUCAAAUCCAAAGAGCAGUUAUAUACAUACAGAAAUGUGCCUACAUAGUGUUCUAGCCUGAAAUAUGUACAGACAUAUGAAGCCUAUCAUUUUGUAAAGAAGAGUGCACUGUUGAGGCACCCACAUUUUUCUACACAAUGCACCUUACCUCUAUGGUACCAUAUAAAAUGUUGGAUUAUAGUCAUGCAUUUUAAUGCAGGCUCUUCUUAUGCAGACAGAAUCUCCUAAAUGCAGAUGGGGUAUAUGCAUCAGAUGGUGUUCCCCUUUGCUUUAAUAUAAGAAACAAGUAUAUAUCCAUCAGAACUUGACAGAAUACUGAAGAGACCUAGAAUAGAAAAGCUAAAUUGGAAAACAAAGUGUGACAAUAUAAAAUCUAGGUUUCAAAGAUACAGUACUACAAACUAUUCACAAUAGUACAAUGCAUUCAAAAGUUCUCUGCUAUACUUUUUAAAAUGAUUUUUAAAAAAACACAUACCCUCAACAAUGAUAUGCUCUUGAAUUACUAUUAUUCAGCUAUCUGGUUUAUAGGAAAGUAAUCUCUUAUGUGUGUUAACAAAUAAUUUGUUUAAAGGCCAUUUAAAUUUAGCGGUUCAGCAUUCUGUGGUCUUUGAAAUAAUUUUCAAGAAUAUCUUAUGAUGGUCUUUGUAAACUUCUUGGAAUCAACUAGGUGUUUAUCAUGUAUAUGUCAUGAACUGAAUGACAGAAAAGUUUAUUUAUGGGCAUGAAUGAUGCUGUGUGUAUAUAGAUUUUACAUUAUUAGUCUAUAAAAUGUGUUCAUGUAAAAAAUAUUCUGCAAUA